GGCCUCCUCUUUCUCUUGCUCCCACUGAAAAGCCCACAAUAAUAAUGAUAAUAUUCAUAAGCACUCAGGCCUCUCGCAUUUGCUCGUUUGUUCUGGGAAGCGGGGCCGGCUGCAUGGGCGGGGAACAUCGAGAGACGAGAGCGUCCAGGAGAGUGACGCAAAAGAAGGGGCCAUUAUAUUUUGCUUCCUGAAAAAAGUGCGUCCAGCAGGGAGUUUAAUGUAGCAUCUAGGGUGUAUUUUUAAAGCAGGUAGAUUUAUUUAGCUCUAAAAUGGACUUGUAUGGGAAGAUGGCUGCUACCCAGGAUGUAAAAGGGAAGGGAGAGGGAGGGGACCAAAACUUUGACUACAUGUUCAAGCUGCUCAUCAUCGGCAACAGCAGCGUGGGCAAGACGUCUUUCCUUUUCCGCUAUGCCGAUGACGCCUUCACCUCAGCCUUUGUCAGCACGGUGGGCAUCGACUUUAAAGUGAAGACCGUGUACAAGAACGACAAGAGGAUCAAGCUGCAGAUCUGGGACACAGCGGGCCAGGAGCGCUACAGGACCAUCACCACAGCGUACUACCGCGGGGCCAUGGGCUUCAUCCUAAUGUACGACAUCACCAACGAGGAGUCGUUUGGCGCUGUGCAGGACUGGUCAACCCAAAUAAAGACCUACUCAUGGGAUAAUGCCCAGGUGGUGCUGGCAGGGAAUAAGUGUGAUAUGGACGAGGAGAGAGUGGUGUCAGUGGAUAGUGGCAGACUGCUGGCAGAACAGUUGGGCUUUGAAUUCUUUGAGACCAGUGCCAAGGACAACAUCAACGUGAAGCAGACUUUUGAACGCCUCGUCGACCUAAUUUGCGACAAGAUGUCUGAGAGCUUGGACAGCGAUCCCGCUGUCACCACAGGAGCCCCCACUGCCAAACUCACAGACAGUGCUCCUCCGCUGCAGCAGCAGGGGUGCAACUGUUAGUGUCUGAUGUCAGGGAGCAAAGGGAGGUCCUGUAAGGUGUCAGAGUUUUUGUUUCUCCCUCAGCGUCAUCACUCCUGCUAGUGCUGCUUUCUUUGGACACUACAGUUCAAACCCUGUUAAGUGGUAGAAUUACAAAUUGCUGUCGUAUUAUCUCUCAACUUUUAUCACCUUAUAACAAGAGCAAGUAACCAGACAAACAGACAUGGCUGUGUAAAAUGUGUAACACUACAGGAAAUUUACAAUAUAAAGACACCAUAUUCUCAUUUCAGCUAGUUAGUGUGGUUAUAAACCAAGUAUGAUCGAUAAGGCCAUAGUCAAUAUGUACAGUUAAUCCUUAAGACCUUUAAGAUCUUUAAGACCUAGAAUAAAUAAAAAGUGAGGAGAAACGUGA